AGAAACCAAUUAAAAAUAUUUUCAUCAAAAUAAUAGCCUCUCCACAAAGAAUAUUCAAACGUCAAAAAACACCAUCUGGACAUCUUAACAAAAUUUCAGAGAACAUUCAGUAACUAAUCAAAAAAAUUCCAUACGACCAACUAAAUCAAGCUACCAACUCAGUGAGCUCCACUCUAUAAAUACAUGCACCCACUUUGGCAACUCCAUGAGACAGCUUUGCAGAGCUUAAAACCAUAAUAACAAUGGCAACACCAAUCAAGAAACAAGAAUUCACAGCUGAAGAGCUUCUCCAAGCUCAAGCUCAAGUGUUUCACCAUGUCUAUGCUCAAAUUGGCGCUAUGUCCCUCAACUGUGCCAUUGAGCUUGACAUCCCGGGCAUCAUCAGCAAGCACGGCGGUGAGCCAAUGCCGCUUUCCAAUCUCAUCUCGUCUUUGCCGAUUUCUGCAAAGAAGGCGGCCUUCCUUCCCCGCUUAAUGCGAAUACUUACACAUAUGGGUUACUUUGUUCAAGAAACAGCAAGUGAUAAAAAGGAGGUGGCUUAUACAAUUACUCCCUUAUCAAAGGUCCUUCUCAAGGACAGUCCUACAAGCUUAUCCUCUUGGGUCAUGGGAAUGCUUCAUCCUUAUUCCAGGGUGUCUUGGCAUCGUCUUAGUGAUUGGUUCUUGGAAGAGAGGUAUGAGACGCCGUGUGAGCUUGAGCAUGGCAAGUCACUUUGGGACCUCGCCAGUGAGAUACCCUACUACAAUCACAGGUUCAAUGAGACAAUGGCGGGAGACUCACGGUUGCUGAUGAAGGCGGUGGUGACAAAAUGCGAGGAGGUGUUCCAUGGAAUGAGGACACUGGUGGAUGUCGGUGGCGGGACUGGGACAUCGGCAAGGACUAUUGCUGAGGCAUUUCCACACAUUAAGUGUACCGUCUUUGACUUGCCACAUGUGAUUGCUGAUAUGCCAGAGAGCCCUCUUGUUGAUGCAGUUGCAGGAAAUAUGUUUGAAUAUGUCCCCAAAGCCGAUGCUAUUUUUAUGAAGUUGAUUCUUCAUGACUGGACCGAUGAGGACUGUGUGAAGAUAUUGAAGAAGUGCAAGGAGGCAGUUUCAGAAAGAGAAGGGAAGGUGAUCAUUGUGGAUAUAGUUUUAGACUCGAACAAAGAGGAUCCAAAAAUGACUGAAACACAGCUCUUUUGGGACAUGGUGAUGAUGGCAUUCACAGGUGGAUUAGAGAGGAAUGAAGAUGAGUGGAAGCACAUCUUCAAUGAAGUGGGGUUUUCAAGCUAUAAGAUUACUCCUUUGGGGGUGAGGUCCCUAAUUGAGGUCUUCCCUUCAAUUAUACAUAAUUAUGGGGCAUCCAGUUCUAUGUAUGUCAUGAAUAAUCUGUUGAAAAAGGCAUCUAGUUAUAUGUAAUUUUUGAAUAAUUUGUUGAAAAACAAAUACUCAUCGAGAAUAAAAGUUAGGAAAUUUUUCUUUUCAA